AUGUUUAAAAAGAAACCUACGAUCAAAAACCUUUCUCCGCUACGAUCUUCUGAUCGCCGGAAGAUUGCCGACCAAAUUAUCAAGGAUUACCAGAUUCACGUCAACUCAGACACCACCAACACAGACUCGUCUGAGCCCAGCACAGCAUCUGCCCCCGCCUUAAGCCUUACAUCGAUUCGAAAUGCCCUUCUACCCGAUAACACCCAGACUGCUCGUUUCACCACCACUGCCGGUCCAGAGCUUCGCGAACUUCAAGGGAUCGUGUACAUUGGCACACAUCCCGACGGCGAUGAGCGAGUGCUAUGGUUCAAGCUGGAACACGGCCCGGGGGCUGACAAACGACUAUACCCCACAGUCUACACAUUAUGGCAGAACCCGAACUUAGUUCCCUUACUCUACACGCCGGAGUUUGUGAUGGGGAAGCUCCAUGGUGGAGCUGACCUUAUGACACCGGGCCUCGCCAAUGAACCUCCAUUUCCCGAAAGGGCGAUCAAGGGUGCCGUUGUCGCGGUCGCGAGUCUAGACAGACAUACGGUGCCCCUUUUUGUAGGAAUCUGUGAGAUCGACGUUUCGGCAUUGGGAGAGGUGCAAGGCACAAAAGGUCAUGCGGUCCGUGGAUUGCACUGGGAGGGUGAUGAACUUUGGGCGUGGAGCUCUGCAUCACUGCCGGGCCGUCCAGCUCCAGAGUAUCUGGAGGGCUGGGAUGAGGACAAAACUGAGGGUGUCGAGGAAAAAAUGGAGGAAUUGAGAAUCGAGGAUGAUGAGGCUACAAUCGCCUCGGGGAACACUGAAACGCUAAGCAAUGAUCCAACCGCAUCAGAAGAACCCGUCACCGAGGAAGAGGUGCCGACAACAGAGGAAAUCGAUGAGGCGUUUUUAAAUGCUUUUGUCUACGCCCUGUACAAACUUAAGCAGGAUAACCCAUCAGCAACCGACCAUGGCCUUCCACUGCCAAUCACAGCUUCGGCAUUGAUAGCCAACUUCACUACUCCUUAUCUUCCUGUGUACACCCCCCAACAAGCCCUGCAUUACAACAUCAAAAAAACCAGUUGGAAGAACGUCAAAAAGUUCAUGAAACACCUAGACAAGUCGAAGCUUGUCAAGACCAAGGAACGCAACGGCCAGGAAACGGUUAUUUUGGAUGUUGACUUUGGAGACCAUCGGGUCGAGCGAUUUGUGCCAUACAGACUACCUUCACCGCGUGCCUUGGAGAACAAUAAGACGGCCACACCUGAGGGCAAAAAGUCAGUUGCUACUGAUGGGUCCGACCCUUCGGUGGGCCAGGCGAUCACGGUGCAAAGUCUAUAUCGGCCAUCAGGAAAGCUGGUGCCCACUGUUUUCCCUGCCCUCGCUGCUAGCGACACCAAUAACUUUUACAAAUACUCCGAAGUGUCCAGUCACUUGGAUCAAUAUCUCGAAUCCCAAAAUCCGCCGAUCAUUGCAAAAGAGAACCGGCGCAUCAUAACCCUCAACCCGUUCCUCGCCAACACCAUCUUCAAUUCAUCAUCAACCGAAGAUAAAGGGACCCUUGCACGCGGCAAGGUCACUCGCGAUGGUCUUUUAAAGCGAUUGAUGGAUGAUAAAACACUGCUCUCGCCGUAUCAUGCCAUUUUAAAGACUGGUCAAACUAUUGCAGACGUCAAGCCGAAAGCCGGUACCGCACCAAAAGUCCAUGUCACCCUCGAGAAGCGGACAGGUUCCAAAACAGUUACCAAAGUCAUGACUCUGGAAGUCUUUGGCAUCAUUCCUAGUCUAUUGGCACAGGAGCUUCAGAAGAAGUGCGCCGGCAGCACGAGUGUCACACAAGCUGUUGGUGCCCCUAAGGGGAUCAUGGAAGUUUUGGUUCAAGGUGACCAGCGAAAAGCCAUUGAGACGGCCCUUGUUCGCCGUGGAUUGAAGCCACAGAUGAUCGAAGUUGUCGAUAAGACCAAGAAGAAAAAAUGA